AUGAUGACGUCGGUGGGCACGAACCGAGCCCGGGGAAACUGGGAACAACCUCAGAACCAAAACCAGACACAGCACAAGCAGCGGCCACAGGCCACUGCGGAACAGAUUCGACUUGCACAGAUGAUUUCAGACCAUAACGAUGCUGACUUUGAGGAAAAGGUGAAACAAUUGAUUGAUAUCACAGGCAAGAACCAGGAUGAAUGUGUCAUUGCUUUACAUGACUGCAAUGGAGAUGUCAACAGAGCCAUCAAUGUCCUACUGGAAGGAAACCCAGAUACGCAUUCGUGGGAGAUGGUCGGGAAGAAGAAGGGAGUCUCAGGACAGAAGGAUGGUGGCCAAACGGAAUCCAACGAGGAAGGCAAAGAAAAUCGAGACCGUGACAGAGACUAUAGUCGGCGACGUGGUGGGCCACCAAGACGGGGGAGAGGUGCCAGCCGUGGACGAGAGUUUCGGGGUCAGGAAAACGGAUUAGAUGGCACUAAGAGUGGAGGACCUUCUGGAAGAGGCACUGAACGAGGCAGAAGAGGACGUGGCAGAGGCAGAGGUGGCUCUGGUAGACGGGGAGGAAGGUUUUCUGCUCAAGGAAUGGGAACCUUUAACCCAGCUGAUUAUGCAGAACCGGCCAAUACCGAUGACAACUAUGGCAAUAAUAGCGGGAAUACGUGGAACAACACUGGCCACUUCGAACCAGAUGAUGGGACGAGUGCGUGGAGGACCGCGGCAGAGGAGUGGGGGACUGAAGACUGGAAUGAAGACCUUUCUGAGACCAAGAUCUUCACUGCCUCUAAUGUGUCUUCAGUGCCUCUGCCUGCGGAGAAUGUGACAAUCACUGCUGGUCAGAGAAUCGACCUUGCUGUUCUGUUGGGGAAGACACCAUCUUCAAUGGAGAAUGAUUCCUCUAAUCUGGAUCCAUCUCAGGCUCCUUCUCUUGCGCAGCCUCUGGUGUUCAGUAAUUCAAAGCAGAGCGCCAUAACACAGCCUGCUUCAGGAAACUCAUUCUCUCAUCACAGUAUGGUGAGCAUGUUGGGGAAAGGGUUUGGCGAUGUCGGCGAAGCUAAAGGUGGCAGCACCACGGGCUCUCAGUUCUUGGAGCAGUUCAAGACUGCUCAGGCCCUGGCCCAGCUGGCGGCACAGCAUUCUCAGCCUGGAACCACCGCCACCUCCUCUUGGGACAUGGGCUCCGCCUCACAGUCCCCAUCGCUGGUGCAGUACGAUUUGAAGAACCCGGACGAUUCCACAGUACACAGCCCCUUCAGCAAACGCCAGGCUUUCACGCCGUCUUCAGCCAUGAUGGAGGUGUUCCUUCAGGAGAAGCCGCCCACGGUGGCCACCUCCACCGCUGCACCUCCACCGCCCUCUUCUCCUCUGCCGAGCAAAUCCACCUCGGCCCCACAGAUGUCUCCCGGGUCUUCAGAUAACCAGUCCUCCAGCCCUCAGCCGGCUCAGCAGAAAUUGAAACAGCAGAAGAAAAAGGCCUCCUUGACUUCUAAGAUUCCUGCUCUGGCUGUGGAGAUGCCUGGCUCAGCAGAUAUCUCAGGGCUAAACCUGCAGUUUGGGGCAUUGCAGUUUGGGUCAGAGCCUGUCCUUUCUGAUUACGAGUCCACCCCCACCACGAGCGCCUCUUCAAGCCAGGCUCCAAGUAGCCUCUAUACCAGCACAGCCAGUGAAUCUUCAUCUACAAUUUCAUCUAACCAGAGUCAGGAGUCCGGUUAUCAGAGCGGUCCAAUUCAGUCGACAACCUAUACCUCCCCAAAUAAUGCUCAGGGCCCUCUGUAUGAACAGAGGUCCACACAGACUCGACGGUACCCCAGCUCCAUCUCCUCAUCACCCCAAAAGGACCUGACUCAGGCAAAGAAUGGCUUCAGCUCUGUGCAGGCCACACAGUUACAGACCACGCAAUCUGUUGAAGGUGCUACAGGCUCUGCAGUGAAGUCUGACUCACCUUCCACUUCCGGCAUCUCCCCUCUCAGCGAGACGGUGUCCGCAGCCUCCUUGCUGACAGCGGCCAGUCAACACUCAUCCCCCCUGGGUGGCUUGAGCCACGGUGAGGAGAGCGCAAAUGCUCCCACCACACAACACAGCAGCACGUUAUCGACGCAGCAGAACACCCUCUCGUCAUCCACGUCUUCUGGGCGCACUUCUACAUCCACUCUUUUGCACACAAGCGUGGACAGUGAGGCGAACCUCCAUUCUUCCUCCAGCACUUUCUCCACCACGUCCAGCACGGUCUCUGCGCCUCCCCCAGUGGUCAGUGUCUCCUCCAGUCUCCACAGCGGCAGCAGCUUAGGCCUCAGCCUCAGCAGCAACUCCACCGUCACAGCCUCGACUCGGAGCUCGGUCGCUACGACCUCAGGAAAAGCUCCUCCCAACCUCCCUCCUGGGGUCCCGCCGUUGUUGCCUAAUCCGUACAUCAUGGCUCCAGGGCUGUUACACGCCUACCCGCCGCAAGUAUAUGGUUACGAUGACUUACAGAUGCUUCAGACGAGAUUCCCCUUGGAUUACUACAGCAUCCCAUUUCCCACGCCCACCACACCGCUGACGGGGAGGGACGGUAGCCUGGCCAGCAACCCCUACUCUGGUGACCUCACGAAGUUCGGCCGCGGGGAUGCCUCCUCCCCAGCCCCGGCCACAACCUUGGCCCAACCCCAACAGAACCAGACGCAGACUCACCACACGACGCAGCAGACAUUCCUGAACCCGGCGCUGCCUCCUGGCUACAGUUACACCAGCCUGCCAUACUACACAGGGGUUCCGGGCCUCCCCAGCACCUUCCAGUAUGGGCCUGCUGUGUUCCCUGUGGCUCCUACCUCUUCCAAGCAGCAUGGUGUGAAUGUCAGUGUGAACGCAUCAGCCACCCCUUUCCAACAGCCAAGUGGAUAUGGGUCUCACGGAUACAACACUGGUGUGUCAGUCACCUCCAGUAACACGGGCGUGCCAGAUAUCUCGGGUUCUGUGUACUCCAAGACCCAGCAGUCCUUCGAGAAACAAGGUUUUCAUUCCGGCACUCCUGCUGCCUCCUUCAACUUGCCUUCAGCCCUAGGAAGUGGGGGGCCCAUCAAUCCAGCCACAGCUGCUGCCUACCCACCUGCCCCUUUCAUGCACAUUCUGACCCCCCAUCAGCAGCCGCACUCCCAGAUCCUCCACCACCACCUGCAGCAGGACGGCCAGACGGGCAGCGGGCAACGUAGCCAGACCAGCUCCAUCCCGCAGAAGCCCCAGACCAACAAGUCUGCCUACAACAGCUACAGCUGGGGGGCCAACUGA